AAUAGAGGAAAGUAAGCAAAAACUUACAAUGCGUGGAUUAUACGCCAAAAUGACGGUACUGACUCUCAUGUCGGUUUUGAUUGUCACAUUGAAUGCCCUACCUUCGAGGAGGCGUGGUUUGGAUGUGAAAGCUCUAAGAGAACGUAUACUGCUGAGAGAACUUGUGUGCUUACUACAGGGGAAAUCUGACGACGAAUGCAACGCUAUUGCCAAUACAGAUCUGAGACAAAUAACUGAAACUAUCAAACUUGGCCCUGACACUAAUGAAAACUCCGAAGAGCGAAUGUUAAACGCAAAAUUCCAUUCGAGUAUCGACAACGCCGAUUUGAGGAGUCCAAAUGAUUUGCCUCAAAAACGUAAGCCUGGCCCCGAGGCUGCCGCAUUUUACAGCGACUGGAAACGAAAAUAGGGUGAACCUAUCCAGACACUCUAAUCGACCUAACGAAAGAUGUACAUAAUGUCAAUAGUACAGUAUUGACACUCACAAAACAUGUCAACAAAUUGAAAAAGUUUUUUGAACUAACAACGCGUGGACAAAUAAGUGCAAAAAGUCCAAAAGAAUGAACAUUGACGAUUUUGCUAAAGCACGAUGCAAUUGAUCUGUAACGAUAAACAGAGUGACAAGAGUCUGAAAUCCAAAUGAGAAGGGAACUAGUACACUAAAUUAAUUUUGAUAACCGAUAUCCAAGACGAAUUGUACCUUUCUGCACAUCCUACUAUACAGGGUGGCGCAAAAAAACAAUACCCAAGUUUAAAG